AUGCAGGUAGCAGAGGAGCUUACAUCACUUUGCAAAAUUGCAUGCCCCAUAGUUGUAUCAAGCCUGCUUUUAUACUUCAAGACACUCAUCUCUAUGCUCUUCUUGGGACAUCUUGGGAAUUCUGAGUUAGCAGGGGCCUCGCUCUCAAUUGGAUUUGCCAAUAUUACAGGCUACUCUGUUCUGAAAGGCCUUGCCAUGGGGAUGGAACCAAUAUGUUGCCAAGCUUAUGGAGCAAAAAAGUGGGAGGUUCUCUGCCAGACAUACAAAAGGACUCAGUGUCUCCUCUUUCUAGCAGCCAUUCCAAUUUCUCUGUUGUGGUUAAACAUGGAGCCAAUCCUACUGUGGCUAGGUCAGGAUCGAAACAUUAUGCCUAUGGCUAAGGUCUAUAUAACAUAUUCUCUUCCAGAUUUGCUAGCCCAAGUCCUCCUUCAUCCCUUAAGAAUUUUCCUAAGGACACAAAGUCUAACGAAACCCCUCACUUUAUCUGCUGUGUGUGCAAUGAUUCUCCACCUUCCUAUCAACUACUGCCUCGUUGUAUACUUGAAUAUGGGGAUGAGAGGUGUUGCUCUAGCCUCAGCCUGGACUACCUUAAACUUGUACUUUGGUUUGCUAGUCUACCUUUUUCAAUCGAGGACGGCACUUAAACCUUGGGAUGGGAAAGCAAAACAUGCAUGCUCUCAAGGCUGGAAACCGCUGCUCACCCUUGCCUUGCCAAGCGUACUCUCUGUCUGUUUGGAGUGGUGGUGGUAUGAAAUAAUGCUGCUACUGUGUGGCCUACUAAGUCAUCCACAGGAAAGUGUGGCUGCAAUGGGAAUACUCAUACAAACAACAGGAUUGCUCUAUGUGUUCCCUCACUCUCUUAGCUUGGGUUUAUCAACACUUGUUGGCCAAGAGUUGGGGGCUGGGCAGCCUGCACGGGCUCAACGGACUACUGUAAUUGGACUCGUUGUGGCGGUUGUGUGCAGUAUACUAGCUUUUGUUUUCACAGUUGCAGUGAGAAAUGGGUGGGGCAAGCUGUUUACAUGUGAAACAAAGGUACUUGCUCUAACAUCAAUUGCCCUUCCCAUAUUAGGCUUCUGUGAGCUAGGAAAUUGUCCCCAGACAGCUGCAUGUGGAAUCCUUAUAGGCUCUGCAAGGGCUAAGCUUGGUGCUUGCAUUAAUUUUGGUUCCUUUUACCUAAUUGGUUUGCCAGUUGCAGCACUCAUGAGUUUUACAUUCGAGAUGGGCUUUGUGGGGUUAUGGUUUGGUCUCGCAGCAGCUCAGAUUUCAUGUAUGUGCAUGAUGAUCUGUGCUUUGGUUUCAACUGAUUGGAAGAACCAAGUAAAUAGGGCCAGGGAACUGACUCAAACAACUGAAGGUAACGGCACUGAUUUGGAAGCCAACCUCAUCGGCUAACUUUGCUUUGUAGUAGUUGAUAAAAUAAACUCCUUGUACUAUGAGAUGACAUAGUCCUAAAUG